GAAGGAGAGAAAGCAUGAAGAUACGGAGACGAUAACGUUUGCUUCUGUCCCAGAAACGUUAACAAUAGGUGAUAAAAGACAUGAAGAUAUGGAAAUGAGGGGAAUCGGGAAUCCUGGCUUAGAAUUAAAAACUAACGGGGAAAUGCUAACUACGAAUACUAAAAUAGACAUAUCUGUCACAGAUUUUGAUACAGCAAUAUUCAUCUUGUCUGAAAAUCAGAAUGCCAAGUUCAAAGAAGAAUAUAUGACAAUUCCUAGAGGAGAACUACACCCAUGUAAUGAAGGAAAGAAACAGGAAAAUGUUGCCAAAAAUCGAUACACCACGAUUUUCCCGUAUGACCAUUCACGUGUUGUUCUGGAAACAUCGCCAAAAGAGUCAGACUACAUUAACGCGAAUUAUAUUGAGGAUGUGCAAGGAAAGAAAUCGUAUAUUGCAGCGCAAGGACCAAAAUCUAAGACAAUUGUUGAUUUCUGGAAAAUGGUGUGGCAAGAAGACAUUAGUGUAAUUGUUUGUCUGACGAAUCUCAAAGAGGGAAAUAAGAACAAAUGUGCCCAAUACUGGCCAAAUUCCAGUGACAAGAUAAAGAAAGGCAACAUCAGCAUACGAAACCAGAAAGAAAACGUCUACGCUGACUACGUCAUCAGACACUUCCGUUUGCAAAACAGCGCCGAUAAAGUUGAGCUUGACGUGUGUAUGUUCCACUACACGCAGUGGCCAGACCACGGUGUCCCAGAACCGCUGGCUCUCGUGGUAUUCCAUCGACACGUUCUGAAAACUUCUGUCGAACAUCCAGGGAAGUACACUCUUGUCCACUGCAGCGCUGGGAUUGGUAGGACAGGGACGUACAUAGCAUUGGACGCGCUUAAUAAGGGAGGGGAGAUAACCGGGAAAGUUAAUAUCCGGCAGUAUGUAGAAACCAUGAGAAACAGCCGUGCUAACAUGAUCCAGGGCGACGAUCAAUACAGAGUUGUUUACUUGGCAUUACUUGAAUCAUUCCGAGGAAAAGGAAGGUCUAUAUCAACCAGGACAUUUCUACGAGAAUUCCAGGAUCAUUCCUGUUAUAUCAAUCUCGGAGAAGUAGCCAAUAAAUCACCACUUUCUGCUGAAUUUCAAGACCUGUUGUCCGGAAGACGAGAAUACACACAAGAAGACUACAAAACAGCGCGGCAAAACGUAUCAGCCAAUUACACACCCAGUGUUCUGCCUGUUGAAAGUUACAUGUGUCCAUUGUCAAACACUAAAGGGAAGAACACCUACUACAACGCAGUUUGUUUACAGUCUUUCACAAGAAAUGACCAUUUCAUCAGUGCUCAAUAUCCUCUCCCAGAUUACACAGAGGACUUCCUGAGACUUGUGAAGGCUUAUUAUGCACCUACAAUUGUAUCCUUGAGCCCGUUGGUGGAAAUCGAAUCGUCUUCACUGUGGCUUCCUGCUGAAAAUGAAAGCAAAACGAUUGGAGCAUUCACGACUAAAAUGACAGAUUGUACACAAACAACCACAGUCACCAAGACUAGCAUUACUCUGCACCAACAGGGAACUAGUGGCAUGAGCGUUUGUGUACUGGAAUGUAGAAGAUGGAAAGGAGAAAGUGACUCCUCAAACCGGAGAGUUUUACUUGAUCUUAUCAACGAAGCGAGGGUGGAGGAAAGGACCCACCCCGAGGGAAGGAUUCUGGUUCUGUCGAGUGAUGGGGCCAAGCGAUGUGGACAAUUCUUGGUUGUAUUCAAUGCUUUGGAACAACUUACCAUGGAUUCAGAGGUGGACAUAUUUACAAUCACAAGACAACUCCAAAUCCGACGGCCAGAGUUCAUAUCUUCUUUGGAAGAAUAUCAGUUUUGUUACGAGGCCAUUGCUGAUCAUCUCCAAAAUGACACAGUGUACGCGAAUUGCUGAGAACCAGUGUACGCGAAUUGCUGAGGACCAGUCAAAGAGACUGUGACAUCAACCAGCCUUCCUCCUAAUAACAAUGGAAACACAUUGAAGAAUUGUUUCAUUCACUGGAGACCAGUAUUAUAUAUAUACUGGUGUUAUUAACUCACCCACACUUCACUUAUUGUGUGUGUUUGUUUCUUAUUAAUUAUUCUUCCGCUUCUUGUUCUUCUGCCUUGUAAUGUCCGCAGUCGUUGUCCGUAACCAGUAGAUGAAAGUAUUAGAAACUCAAGGAUGUGAUAAGGCAAUAUAUCUAGUUGUGUAGAAAUGUUUUUGUUUUCAGAUCAAAUGGGGUUAAGUUAUAUUUUGGGGGUGGGUCCAACAUAUUAUUUGAUUGAUUGAUUGUAUCUUGCUUAACGUCUCGCUCAAGAAUUUGUCACUCAUAUGGAGACGUCAUCAAGACCGGUGAAGGGCUUCAAAUUUAGGCCUAUACUCGGCGCUUACGGCCAUUGAGCAGUGAGGGUUCUUUAGCGUGCCACACCUACUGUGACACGGAACAUCCGUUUUUAAGGUAAUCUCCGAGGACCCGUGACAUUCACACCUGAUGCCGAGCGUUUGGCGAUGGAACUGUCACUACCUGUUAACAUAGAACUAUAUGUGGAAAAAUUAGUUCCAAAAUUAAACAGAUAUAGCUUUUAAAAAUAUGAUAGCGUCCUAGGGUCUUCGGAAAUGAGAAGAAGAUGCCAGGGCAUACAAACUAGUAUCAAGGUGAAGGGACCCCAGUGAUCUUGACCUCUGACCAUGAAUAAAAACCUGGUAUAACUUUGAAACUGAUAUUGAUAGAGACAUGGGAUCUUCAGAUAUGAUAAGACUAAUAGGCAACAAACUAGCAUCAUGUCAAACUAUUCCUAUGACCAUCACCUUGAUCAUAAAAAUUGGGACCAACAGAGACAUGGAAUCGGCGAUUUGACACUGAAAUGGAGCCGAGUUGAAUUACACCGUUCCCACGACACGACCAGUAUUCAACGUCCCAUCCAACAUAAUGCAGCAUACAUCCAGUUAUUGUUUGUUCUCUCUCUCUCUCUCUCUCUCUCUCUCUCUCUCUCUCUCUCUCUCUCUCUCUCUUUAUAUAUCUAAUUCAGAUUUUAACCAUUACACCUUUAAUUCGGCGUCUAAUUCAUUUAAUUCUGCACAGUAACUCUAUCUGACCUGAACGCACUCUGUCAGCCAUUUUUGUUGUUGUUUUCAUUCUUACUUGCAUGUAUUCCUACGCGCCAUUUCAUAAAAGUUAACCAAAGCUUGUUCAUGAGAGAAACUCUUUGUUUUACUAUUUAAAAAACACAUAUCUAAAUGAUAAGAAAUAAAACUUGUAGUGCAUUGAUGAAAAAGUUGUCCGUCCAAUUUUUCCUUUAAUACCUGCAUCAAGGAAAGAAUUAUAUGUUUCAUUUCUUAAAUCAAGGUCUUUUGGAAAAAUAGUUGUACUCGGACAAAACCCACUUUUUUUAUAUAACCAGUACUUCGUUUGGGAUACUUUAUAUUUUUUAAUCGGUAGAUUAUAUAACCAUAUUUUGCAUUGUCUUAAUUUUAAAAUACAUUGUUGCAACCAUUA